AUGAACGUCGGGAGUGCAGAGCAAAGUGCCGGGCAAUCAUCCUACUGAAAGUGUCGCGACGAUGGGACUGUGACAGGUUUUAGCGUUGUUACUCGCUAAAAGCCAAUUACGCGUUUUGGAAGUGUCGGAUGAAAGUGUCGAGACGAACCUCGCGAAUUUCGAAUUUUCAGUAAGUUUGUGUCUUCUGAAGGAAGGAAGGAAGGAAGGAUCGCAUUUCGAUGGCAUGGCUUAUUGGAGCAGGAGCGAUAACGUCUACGAUAUUGCUUUGGCGGAAGAAUAGACAUCAGUCUCUCGUUCUAACGCACGGAAGGCGCGUAUUAUGUGAGGAGGAAACCGCGACGAGGGAAACGAAGAUGUCCGCCGUCAGCGUCGUCGCAUGGUUGCUUGGCGCCGUCGCUUUAGCUGCGAUUAAUAAUGAAGUACACUGCCACAACAUGCCAUACAGCGGCAGCGGCAAGAACAGCGACACAUACAAUCAGAACGCUCUGGAGGAGGCCACACGAUCGGGACCGUAUUUCGACAAAUCGGCCUCGAAGAACGUGACCGCCCUGCUGGGAAAGACCACGUACCUCAACUGCCGUGUCAAAAAUUUGGGGAACAAAACGAUGACGUUACAAGUAUCGUGGGUACGACACAGAGACGUCCAUUUGCUCACAAUUGGCCGUUACACGUACACGAACGACCAGCGAUUUCGAGCGAUUCACAACGCUCAUUCAGACGACUGGACGCUUCAAAUAAAGUAUCCACAGCAUCGGGACAGCGGUAUUUACGAGUGCCAGGUUUCCACGACACCCCACAUGAGUCAUCUAGUCCAUUUAAAUGUAAUCGAGCCAAAAACCGAGAUUUUAGGUGCGCCGGAGCUGUUCAUCAAUCGAGGUAGCACCAUCAAUCUCACGUGCGUCGUCUUGCAGAGUCCAGAACCACCCGCCUACAUUUUUUGGAAUCACAACGAUGCGAUAAUCAGCUACGACUCGAGCAGAGGCGGCGUCUCCGUGGUCACGGAGAAGGGUGACAGCACGACGAGUUUCCUCUUGGUACAAGAAGCGAAGCCGUCGGACUCGGGACGGUACACUUGUAACCCCAGUAAUGCUCAACCGAAAUCGAUCACCGUACACGUACUCAACGGAGAGUAUCCCGCGGCAAUGCAGCACGGCGGUCAGGCCAAACAACCGAGGCUGUACUCCCUUCUGCUCUGCCUGUGUCUGCUACUUUACUAAUUGCUCCAUUCCAUCGCGCAUUUUCGAAGGGAGAAAUCAGAAGGCACUUUCCAGAAAGCGAAGAAAAAGAGAGCGAACGAAAGAACGAGUGAAUGAGAAUGUAUGAAAGAGAGAAAGAGAAAGGGAGAGGGAGAGAGGUAUUUCCGUCACGAGUUGUGCGAACAUUGCCCAGGUGUCAUGGAAGCCACAGCGAGAUACGUGCGACGAUGUGCAUCCGACAGAGACGCUUUUGACUGUGCACCGGAACGAUGAACUCUUUCGCAACGACGCGCCGUUUGUCGAUGCAACCGAGCGACGACGACGUGUCCGGAAGGGCUGAGGGCAGCGCGACGACUACAGGAUGAUGCUUUUAACAAUGAGACCGCGCGCGAUUCGGAAUUGCGAAUAUACAAUAAUACAUGUAAGAGAAAUCAUGAAAUUCCUAUAUAUAAUAACCGUCGAUGAAUAAUCGGUUUUAUUAUAACAAUAGGUUGCUUAUUCAUAAAUAAAAUCAUAAAUUUGACCGAAAACAUGGAUAAGUAUAUCAUUAUUCGUUGACUAAAACAUAAUUCUAUACAUUCAUGAAUAAAACUGAAUAAAGUGCAAUUGAAAUUAUUAUUCAAGAU